AUGUCUUCCAAUUGGACCAUCUUGCUCUCCAAGUUCAUCAUUAACGACGACUUGAGCUGGUUCUUGGACCGUUCCACCUCGUUAUCUGUGAUUCCGCCGUUCUUGACGUUUUCAUCCAUCAACAAGGCCAACUCGUACCCGAUCAGUUCUCCCAUGACACGGUUGGCGGCCGGAAUACAGCUGAACGAAAUGCCAAACAGUCCGCUGUCGGUGAAGUUGUGGAUGAACGAUUUACACGACUCGACAAAUCCGUACUGGUUGAGAAUCCGUGUGUAUGCUCUGGAAUACAUUCCUUUACCGGGUCCACCCGCGGAAAACGAUCCUCCGCCACCAACAAGCAUUUGA